CUCUUCUAACUCCAUUCUUUUUCCCACUUCUUUAAAAGCCUUCUCAUUGCACGACUUAGUCAUAUCUCGAUCUUUACAUUUUUUUAUCUCACUUUCAUGGCGAAAUUAUCACAGCAAAACCAGAAAAACAAUGCAAACAGCCACAGUAAGAACAUCAAUAACACUGAGAAAAAGGUGAAACGAACAAGGAGAAGUGUGCCAAGAGACUCUCCUCCUCAACGUAGUUCAAUAUAUCGAGGGGUCACUAGGCAUCGAUGGACAGGCAGAUAUGAAGCUCAUUUGUGGGAUAAGAACUGUUGGAAUGAAUCCCAGAAAAAGAAAGGAAGACAAGUCUACCUUGGUGCCUAUGAUGAUGAAGAAGCAGCAGCACAUGCUUAUGACCUAGCAGCACUGAAAUAUUGGGGUCCAGAAACCAUUCUUAACUUUCCGUUAUUAACAUACCAGAAAGAACUGAAAGAAAUGGAGGGUCAAUCAAGAGAAGAAUAUAUUGGAUCAUUGAGAAGGAAAAGCAGUGGUUUCUCUCGAGGUGUUUCGAGAUAUAGAGGUGUUGCAAGACAUCAUCACAAUGGAAGAUGGGAAGCUCGAAUUGGCAGAGUCUUUGGAAACAAGUAUCUCUAUCUUGGGACAUAUGCUACCCAAGAAGAAGCCGCCACUGCCUAUGAUAUGGCGGCCAUAGAGUACCGUGGACUCAAUGCAGUCACCAACUUUGAUCUCAGUCGUUACAUCAAAUGGCUAAAACCCAAUAAUCAUAACACCAAUAUUAAUGAUGAUAUUCCCGGCCACCAUAAUCCUAUUAUUGCAGAUAAUAAUUUAACUCCAAACCCUAACGAUCAAGAACUUGGAUUAAGUUUCUUCCAAAACCAACAAACGUACUACAGCUCAGGAGAAACCUCAGUGACUGAUCAGCCGCAGCAGGAGAAUGCCACGUCAGCCCUAGGGCUUCUUCUUCAGUCGUCCAAGUUUAGAGAAAUGAUGGAAAUGACAUCCGUCGCUGACUGUGAUGAUCAUCCAUCAAUGCCUUCGGAGUCUGAGCUACCACAGUGCACGUUCCCUGAUGACAUACAAACAUACUUUGAGUGUGAGGAUUCUAGUAUUUAUGGUGAAGGAGAUGAUCAUAAUAUCUUCGGUGAGCUCAACUCCUUUGUGCCCCCAAUCUUUCACUGUGAUUUUGAUGCUUAGAGGAGAAGUACCGCAUCAAUUAGAGGUUUAAAAAAGAAGAAGAGAGAAAACAAGAAAAACGAAUUUCCACUUCUCAUUACUAGGGGAAGUAGCCUAGCUAACUACAUCAUUUGGUUCAUUCCUUGUAGAUGUAAAGAGGAAUAAGCAAUUUGCUUAUCAUCAUUCUUUUUAUCAAGAGUAAUGCUAUUUCUUUACACUAAUUUAUCAUAUUUAUUUUAUAUUGAUUAACGUAGAUAAUG